CUGGCAUCUGUUAUACACCUGAAGCCACACUGGAGACUCCAGGAGAAAGAGCACCCUCUCAAAGUCAGCAGGGACACACUAAGAACUAUGAGCCACCAAAACACUGUCAGUGAUGAAAAGGACAAAACUAACUACAUGAAACCACCUGUCUUCCCUUCAGCCUCCUUUGUCAAAGCAGCAUCUAGAAAACCUUUUGGGAUCCUUUCUCCAAAUGUUCUAUGCAGUAUGAGUGGGAAGAACCCUGUGGAGAACAGCUUGAAUGUUAAAGUCAAAAAGAAUGUGCCGCCUGCAACAGUACACUAGAGUGAGGAAGAAGGACUGCCUGGGAGCUGCGCUAUUGUCAAGCCUGGAAAUACGAAAGAGAAAAUUGCGUUCUUUGCAGCCCACCAGUGUAGCAAUAGGAUAGGAUCUAUGAAAAUAAAAAGUUCCUGGGAUAUUGAUGGGAGGGCUACUAAAAGAAGGAAAAAAUCAGGGGAUCUUAAGAAAGCCAAGGUACAGUUAGAAAUGAUGAGAGAGAUCAACAGCCAGUGCUACCAGCCGGAGCCAUUUACAUGUGGCAUUGAGCACUGUUCUGUGCAUUAUGUGAGGGACAGUGGGGACAGUGUCUGUAGUGGGAGGCCUCUGUCAGUGAUACAGAUGGUUGCCUUCCUUGAGCAGAGAGCCACUGCUCUCCUAGCUAGCUGCGUGAAAAACUGCACAAAUCCGCCUGCCAUUGUGAAGAUUUCUGGCCAGUCCCGAGGUGUGCCACCUGCACCUGAUCCCUUCUCUGAUCCAGGAACUUGUGAAGAACCCACAGAAGAAAAUCCUGAGUCUGGCAGAUCACAGAGUGAACCAGUCCAUGUCCUUGACAUGGUAGCCAGGUUGGAGUCUGAGUGCCUAAAGCAUCAGGGCCAGCGAGAACCUGGGAGCUUGUCACGGAAUAACAGCUUCCAGCGAAGUGUGGGCUGGGUGUUGAUCACGAAUGGCUCUCAGGCCAGUGACAAAAGUGAAGAGGGGUCUGUAGACAUCCCCGACACCCAGGUGCACCCCACACAGUCGGUGUCUGUGGGAGCAGGACCGUCGGAAACUGACCAUUCUGCAGGGGACCAGGCCUGGGACAGUACUUCUCAGAGCUGUUGCUCAUUGCCAGUAGGCGUGAACUUCCACAAAGACAGCACAGAAUUAGAGCCAAGUCAGCAGACAACUGUGGAGAACUCCAACCAGAACGACAUAGAAAUGACAGAUGAAUUUGAUGGAUUCCCCUUUUCUCCUCAUACCUGUCUCCAAGCCACCGAAUUGUCCACGGAUGCUAUCAGUUGUAUGAGUAGAGAGUGUGUAGCACUCCCAAAGCACCAUCAGAGAAAAGAACCUUUGUGCAUCAGCAUUGCCGUGUGCACGGUGGAGAGGGAGCAGCCUUCUGCUAGAGACUCCCUUGAAGAGCCUCUUCCCGGCAUGUUGUUUUUUCUGUCACCUGGACGGGACCAGCAAGAGUGCUCCCAGCUGAAUGAACACACAGCACAAGACGCUUCAGAGGCCAGUAAGCCUCAAGAUGCUGCUGAGGGCAACAGUGCAUGUGAGGAGAAAGAUGGUUCUGUGGAGCCACUCGUCCCAGCAGCCCCCGGGGGGGAAAGUACAUUACCGGUGCUUGAGGUAUCCAUGUGGAAGAAGCCCGUGUCUCAGGACUUCCUGGAGACCAGGAUUAAAAUACAGCAGCUCCUGUAGCCUCAGCAGUACACGGCAUGCCUGCCUCACCACAUCAUGGUGAAAAUCUUCAGGUUACUCCCCACCCUUAGUUUAGCGAUUCUUAAAUGUACCUGCCGCUACUUUAAGUCCAUCAUUGAAUACUACAACAUCAGGCCAGCAGAUUCUCGGUGGGUCCGAGAUCCUCACUAUAGAGAAGACCCUUGCAAGCAAUGCAAGAAAAAGUAUGUGAAAGGGGAUGUGUCCCUGUGUCGUUGGCACCCCAAACCCUAUUGCCAGGCAUUGCCAUAUGGGCCUGGGUACUGGAUGUGCUGCCACCAGUCUCAGAAGGGCUUUCCCGGCUGUAAGCUAGGCCUUCAUGACAAUCACUGGUUACCUGCCUGCCAGAGCUUUAACCGGGCAAUCCAUAAGAAAGCAAGAGGGAGCGAGGCGGAAGAGAAGUACUGAUGUCCACGGGAGAGGCGAAGGGACUGUGAAACGCCUGGGUCAACCCUCAGGUGUGGGCGGCCUCAUCCCCAGCUGUUCAGGACUCUGCUCCGCUCAGACUGCCAUUACUCAGGCUUUUAUCUGUUUACCAGCUGUUCAAGAAAUUAGCUCCAUGCUUGUCUAUAGUGGUCCCUCACAUUUAACCCACCCAGCUCUGAAGAACUCUGCCCAUUUUCCUCCAUUUGGACACUCAGAGGUCACCAGGCAGCCCCCACAAGAGGAUCCUGCAAUGUCCCAGCACUGGCUCUGUAUCUGAAAUGAGUGAAGUGAGGAAACAUUUGAGAAUUAUGCCUAAAAAAUUAAAAAAAAUGUAGGCACCUUACCUUAGACCUUGUAUGCUUGAUGCUGUGAGAAUGUUUGGUGAUGGGUCUGCCCUGUGGUGUUUACAGUGUAUAUAAUGGUUGUGUUUCAUAGGGCUGUGAAAGUGCCCAGUGAACCGAGCGCCUUGACCUGCACAUGAGUGCUUUGGCCCCUCUGUAAAUAAUGUGAUUAAAAUCCAGUAUUGUAUAUUAUGGACAGCUGACUAAACAUAUUCACAAGAAUAAGAUAAUAUCAUAUAAUAGAUUAAAAUG